CUGUAGAGGUAAAAAGUAAAGGUGCCUACCAAUUAUAUUUACUGCUUUUGAACGUCAUAUUUUAGUUACUGUAGAUAAAUAUCGAGCCAUUCGUGGAUCUACAAUAUAGGCUUUUACAAAAUAACGAAUCUAAACACAUGAAUUAAAGUCACUCAUGAUGGUUUUGUUUUGAACAGCCGGCCAGUGAGAUUGUAACGUCUGUCCGUUUACUAGGCUGGGGAACAUGGCGACUGAAGGUUUCCUGGACUUCGCAACCAUACUCAAGUGUGUUUGAUUAUGCCAUUUGAUGAUAUUUUAUAACGGAUUAUGCCUAUGUAGAAAAAAAUGGAGGAACCUUGGGAUUUUGAAUUCGUGUCCCGGAUUAUGGACGGAAUGGUAACGUUUCUGUCCGAGUUCGUGGAGGACUGGCUGGCCAAUGAUAUGAGGGUGGCCAUAUUUAAAAUUCUGCUCAGCUGGCUGGUCUUCAGCCUGAUCGCCAUCCACUUCGCCUGGAAAGUGUACGGAAACACCGUGAACGACAUGUAUUACAGGCAAGGUACUGGUGGGCAGAAUGGUGGUACUCCAGACACAGCUCCACACCUCAGUGGCUGGGAGAGUGCCGCAGGGGACGCCUUCAAGACACACCGUGAGUGACCAGCACCCGCCUCCCCCAGUUCCUGGCCAAUGGGACUGCAGCAUCCUGCCCCUUGGACCAGUCAGAAAGGAGAGAUUUCUGCAGAGCAUGCUCAGAGUUAGAGGGCUGUGUGUUUCUGUGGAAAAUUCUGGAGAGCUGGGACUGUCAGACCUGUCAGAAGGUCAGACCUAUCAUACACUUAGCACCCCAGUUAAGAAAAGGACAUGUGUGCAAAUCCAAAACCAUUCAGUCAAGAUUAAGACGUGCUUCAUCUUCCCCUACAUGCUAAUAAUCACACCCCUGUGUGCUCCUGGCCCCUUUCCUGGAUGUUCCCCACACCCCCACUGCCCCCCUCGUGGGCUACACACCCUGCCAAUGCACUUCUGGUAGCAGCCGUUUGGUAGGUGAGCCGUCACCAAGACUUGCUGGUACCUUUGGCUCGCUGCUGGAUUAAAGCGGCUGUUUCUAGUCCCGAUCCAGGAGCAGAAGUGAACCCACCGGCUCUCGCUCCAGCUGAGGUUUGGUCAGCUCUGGGCUGGUCCCUUAGAGCAAGUCUGAAUAGUAUACUGUGAAAAGAGUGGACUUCUGCAAAACCUCCUAAGUAUCUGAAAAAAGAUGACCAAUGUUUAAAACCAUGAAAAUGCACCAACAGUGUGCAUUUACUUUCAUUGAAGGAUGAAUGGUCUUACAAUAGUACAUGGAGUCUUAUUGCAAAGUCUGCAUUCCUUUCACACAAACAGUUUACCUGGAUGUAGCUUCAUUUACCAGUCUUGUGCCAGGUCUGACAGCAGGUAAAUGUGGCAGGCCUGGAACACCGCUGAUCGGUGUGGCUAACCAGGACGAAUCAGACAAACCACCAGCAGGUUGUGGGGGUUAACAAAAGCUACAAAAAUGAAAGGUCAUUUUAAGUUGCUUGGAAACAUUGUCCUUGAUGAAGCUGGGGGUGAAGCAGUGCCAGCAUACUCAGUGGUCCCCUAAGAGCAGGAUCGGGGAACACCAGGUUUAGGUUUGGGUGCUGCAUGUGGAAUAUCAACUUCACUGCCUUAUCCCACAUUCUCCCAACUUCCUAGGUUGCCUGGAAACUAUCGAGUACAUAUUUGGGGGUUUGUGCUACUGGUUGUCACUAUAUCACUUGCUUGCUGUAAAACAAUAAAGGCUUAUGAGACCCGGUAAUGUGUGAGACUCCUUACUGAACUCGGCUGAGGCUGAAGUGAGGAUGAGCAGUAGCCUCCAGUGGUGACCACUGUAUGGAUGGGAGAAAGAGGGGCUAUGGCUUAUUCAGUGCACCCCUGGACCUG